GGCCUGUAUGAAUUCACAGUGAUGUCGUUCGGUCUCACUAAUGCCCCAACCACAUUUCAAGCCUUGAUGAACCAAAUUUUUGAGCCUCACCUCAGACAAUUCAUUCUUGUGUUUUUUGACGACAUUCUUGUCGUUAGCCCUACCAUUGAAACCCAUAUUACACACUUGUCCAAGACCCUUUCCAUUCUCAAAUCCAACAAACUGUUUGCCAAACCUUCCAAGUGUUCUUUUGGUUAGUAGCAGGUGGAAUAUCUUGGCCAUAUCAUUAAUCAGGAGGGUGUUGCCACUGACUCCUCUAAGGUAGAGGCCAUGGUUAAAUGGCAUGUUCCAAAGAUAGUUAAAGAGCUCAGGGGAUUCUUGGGAUUAACUGGAUAUUAUCGAAAGUUUGUCAAAAACUAUGGAAGUAUUGCUAAACCACUCACUGACUUAUUGAGGAAGGAUAAUUUCAAGUGGUCUUCUGUGGCUCAACGAGCCUUUGAACUCUUGAAGGCAUGGUGCAAGCUCCCGUGUUAGCACUUCCUGAUUUCUCUAAACCUUUCACUCUGGAAAUUGAUGCAAGUGACUUAGGUGUGGGAGCUGUUUUAUCACAGCAGGGCCGUCCUUUAGCUUAUCAAAGUGAGGCAUUGGGGCCAAGGAAGCAAGGGUUAUCUACCUACGAAAAGGAGUAUUUAGCUGUAUUGGUAGCAAUGAACAAACGGAGGCAUUACCUUGAAGGGAGAACUUUCACUAUCCUCACAGAUCACGAGAGUCUGAAAUACCUGUUAGGUCAGAAGGUGCACACCCAAAUUCAGAAGAAGGGGUUAGUCAAACUACUUGGUUUGGACUUUGAGAUCAAAUAUAGACAAGGCAAGUUAAACCGAGUUGCUGAUGCCUUGUCUAGGAACCCAGCCUUUACAAUUGAGGGGGGCUGUCAAGCCAUUUCUGGGGUUCUUCCAACCUGGAUCACAGACAUUGAAGAAACUUAUGUGGGUGAUUCUGAGGUGCAGGGGUUAAUGGCUGGCUGAUAACGAUGUAAUUGCACAUGUUUGCUGAUAUGAUCCAAAUCCGAAGAGAAUCCUCGAACUCGGAUUAUAUGACCAAAGUACGCAGCCUUCCUUCUUUUUAAGGAUUUUCGAAGCUUUUCUCCAACUUGAAAUAAAAGAUAGAUGCGGAAUCAAUCGGACAAUCCCAACUCGUGACAAAGGGCAAUUGGUAUAUUAAACCAAUCGGACAGAAUCAACUCGUGGAAAGGGGCAAUUGAUAUAGGUCGAUGCUCGCCACAACUAGACGCGUUCUCUAGUUGAUAAGAGACACGUACAAUCUCCUGGAAUCCUCGACAGAAGUCUUGCACAAAAGAACUCGUUCACAAUGAACUAGAACUCAACUUUGAUUAAUAACUUGGAUAAUGGGUAUUGGGUACCAAAUUCGUAGCUCUUACAUCCUCUAUUUAUAGAGGUAAAAAAAACAUAAAACUAACCUAAAAGGAAUAGGAAAACAAAUCCCAAACUAACUAGGUAACUUAAUACUACUUUAACAAAUAAAUAAACUACAAAUAAACUCCAAAAAUGGCCGGUGCAAGUUUCCUUCUCCGUUACGGAAAUGAACUUCCGGUAUCUCGUUUUAUUACCAGAUGCGGACCAUUCCUUUCUUCCUUUUCCUUCCACAAAAAGGACAAUCCAUGAGAAGCUCAGGUUUGGCAUCUAGCUUGAGCUUUACAUUCCUUUAAUCUGCUCACCAAAAUGGUAAUGGAAUAAUGACCACCUUUAUCCCAUGCCACACGUCCAAAUCCAUUCUAUGCAACGUGAAGAAGUUAACCCACCCUUGUAAUUAAUUCAGCCAACCAUUAUUCACGUACUCGAGUUGGCAGCCGCUAUAGUGAAUUUCGUAUUGUUCAUCAAGAACGCUCCCAAUUGAUACUUAAAUCGUAGAAUGUGAAUCUUCAUCUUUGGACCGCGGGAAUUAAAUAUCGUGCUAGUCGAUAUCGCAUCAUUUGCACCCCUAGUUCUUAUCCGUUUGUGGGGCAUAGUCUUGUAUUUUUGGCAUAUUUUACGCCGGGUUGUGCUACUUUGUCAUAUUUCAGGUCCCAGACGUCGAAGGAAAGGCUAAGCACGAGUUUCGGGGCAUUCGGAAGUCAUUCGGUUGAGCUGGAGCCAAAGCACGGGCGCGCCUAAAUCAAAGCACGACCGUGUUCCUGGACCGUGUUUUUACUGCCGAGGCUUGAUCUAAGAUUGUCCAACGCUGGCCCAAAACACGGGCGGGACUGACUCAAAACACGACCGUGUCCAACAUUAGGCACGACCAUGUUUUCCUCAAAAAUAUGGCCGUGUUUUUAACACGUGGCAAGGGCACGGGCGGGCAGCAGCAAAGCACGGCCGUGCCCUUGACCGUGUUUUGCCCAGUGAUACCCUUUUAGGUAGAUUUGAGCCAAAAGAGAGAGGGUUCCGAGUUUUAGAGAGACAGAGCGAUUCCUAGAGAGAGAAAGAGACAAACCAGAGUUCCCAAGUGCCCUAGCUUGAUCUUCAUCACCAUUGGAGCUUGGCUUACACUUGGAGAAGUGCCGAUUGACGACCAGUAGCAGAAACCCAUCCUUCACAGUAUGAUUUCCGCAUCUGAAUCUGUUUUUGCUUCUCUCUCCAUGGAGUAGUUUUCCCAUUCAUCUGGGUAUGGAGAACCCUAGAUUUGUAUGUUAGGUCUGAUUGUAUGAACCCAAGUACAGAUUUUAUGAUUUGAUUAUAUUCAAUUGAGGCUUGAAUGAUUGAAUGACUUGAAUCCUGAUCAAAUUCCUGUUAUUUCUGCUUUAGCCUAGAAAGAGUUAAUAGAGCACCCUUAAUUGA